AUGGCAUCAGAAGAAAUCGACAUCCCACGGCCGCCAGAGGGCGACGACGGCUUGGAAAACCCCAUGAGGGCGAUCGUCGUGGUCAAUUCGCCCGACGUGCCGGAAGGCGAAAUGGAAGAACGCAUGCUUGACUGUGUUCAGACGUUCGAUGAGGUGGACCAGUUUUUCGACAAAUUCGAUGAGGAGGUUGCUGUGCCCAACGAGUCCCACAUCAAGUACGAGGUUGGCAGCGACGGGCUUGUGGUGAUUAUCGUGGAUCUGCGGAAACUCAAGGAUUCGGUGUUGGCGUUCAUCGACAAGUUUGCAGCUGAGGUUGGAGAUAACGCUAGAGACGAUCCCGAGGAGACGGCGCCCAAGAGAGCCAAGAAGUGA